GACAUCUCUGCACACGCGGAACCUUUCUUUCAAUUUGUUGUCAACUGACGUCUUUGGAUGUUACUCCUCUGACGCUUCCCCUGAAACAAGCGAACUCAUUCAAGGGUUUGUAGUUGAAGGUCCUGUGUUAAACGUUAAAAGAUGUUUUUGACAAGAUCGGAAUAUGACAGAGGUGUGAACACUUUCUCUCCUGAAGGAAGAUUGUUCCAGGUUGAAUAUGCCAUCGAGGCUAUCAAAUUGGGCUCCACAGCCAUUGGUAUCCAGACAUCAGAGGGGGUGUGUCUGGCUGUGGAGAAGAGGAUCACCUCUCCCCUAAUGGAGCCCAACAGCAUUGAGAAGAUCGUGGAGAUUGACAGUCACAUUGGUUGCGCCAUGAGUGGCUUGAUAGCUGAUGCUAAGACUCUAAUUGACAAAGCAAGAGUGGAAACACAGAACCACUGGUUCACUUACAAUGAGACAAUGACAGUGGAGAGUGUGACUCAGGCUGUGUCCAACUUGGCGCUGCAGUUUGGAGAGGAGGACGCUGAUCCCGGUGCCAUGAGUCGACCAUUUGGUGUAGCACUUCUGUUUGGGGGAGUUGAUGAAAAAGGACCCCAGCUAUACCACAUGGACCCAUCAGGAACCUUUGUGCAGUGUGAUGCUAGGGCCAUUGGCUCAGCUUCUGAGGGAGCACAGAGUUCUCUGCAAGAGGUCUACCACAAGUCCAUGACAUUAAAAGAUGCCAUCAAGUCAUCUCUCACCAUUCUGAAGCAGGUGAUGGAGGAGAAGCUCAAUGCCACCAAUAUUGAGCUGGCAACGGUAGAGCCCGGGAAGACCUUCCACAUGUAUUCCAAAGAGGAGCUGGAAGAUGUAAUCAAGGACAUCUAGAGCAGAAAAGACUGUAAAGUCUUGGUUUGAGUUCUGGACAGUAGAGGAGAAGGACGUGGAACUAUACCUGGGCCGAUUGUCACAACAGAACCACAACUUUCCAUCAGCACAUUUUCCUCCUUGCUGCAUUCAGAAUUUCUUGGAUAGCAUAAGAGGGUUAUCUUUGUAAUGUGCUAAUUUACUCCUUUUCUCUCACUGUCUGUACAGAACUGUACAGAAGUCUGGCCAGCACUUGCAGCUGAGUGGCACACAAUGUAGGGGUGGGAUGGGGGGGGGGGGG